GGUUACACUUAUUCAACCCAGCUUCUUUAAGUAAUCAUCGUUAGCUAUUUAACAAACUUAGUUGUAUAGGUUUGAAAUUGAUUUAAAAAUGGUUCGCAUGAGUGCUCUAAAUAGCUUUUAAUUGUUUUGAUUUCAUUUCUGUUGCUAAAAGUGUUCCCUUAUAGGGUUGUGUCAGCAGAGGUAAAAAUCUGUAGCAGCUAAAUGUUCUAGGGAGUAUGCGAGAACAGCACUGACGUCUUCAGAUACUCCAUGGCUCUUGGCUUUAAACAUCCCAACGAAAAGGAAUCUAGUCUGUAAUUAUGAUGUCUCCUGUAAAUUUGCAGCCUAUACAGCCUGAUGCCCCAGUUGUGAUCCAGCCUCAGCCACUUAGCACUGCUUCACCUGUGGCGACUCUCCACUCUACACCAGUUUACAGAGUUGCAGCUUCAGCAGCAGGUCCACACCAUAGAUUUGGCUCCUCAAAUGCACAUUCUCCAAGCUGGAAAAGUAAUCUCUUCAACUGCCUUGAUGAUAUGCAUCUUUGUUUAUUUGGGGCCUUCUGUGAGUGUUGCUUGGCUUCUCGUCUAGCUAUGCUUUAUGGCGACUGUUUCUGCUUACCAUGCCUUCCAGGAGCUAUGUGCGCACUUAGGAGUGCAAUGCGGGAACGUUUUCAAAUCCCGGGGACUGUUUGCAAUGAUUACUGCACUGUGCUGUGCUGCUUUCCCUGUUCACUUUGCCAGAUGGCUCGGGAACUCCAGGAGAGAGAAUGGAAUGCGACUGAAAUAAAAGGAAGGACAUCAGAAUACAAAGGUUCACAGCAAUGCUGAAUUUGAUUGCCUUUCUUUGCUUUAAUACUGCCACUCUAAAAAUUGGCUGCACCAUACCUUGAACUCCCUUAGAGGCCCUUGCAAAGCACUGUUUAUUAUUUGCAACAAGCUUUAUAUGUUUACUGAUAUUCUGUACUUGAUUUUGCAAUUUCUUUACUUUAGAAUUAAAUUAAGAAUUAAAUUAA